GAGCAGCGGCUCCCGGGGCAGCGCAGAGGGAACCCCGCCAUGGUGGGGGCUGACGGGGGGCCCCACGCCCCGGGCUCCGCGUAACCCACCCCCACCCCCCCCGGCCUCGGGCUGCCGAGCGCCAGGACAGCGGGAAUUCUCGGAGCAUCCUUCUUUCUUGCCGAGCAGAGGCCGACGGAGCCCCUCUCUGCCCUCGUCUCCCUCCGGCGCGGAGAGGAAUGAUGAAGAAAACCAAUCCUGCCAAGAGGGGGCCACAGGAUGGGACGCAGCCGCCGGUGCAGCCGGAGAAGGUCGGUUGGGUGCGGAAAUAUUGUGGGAAAGGCAUUUUUCGGGAGAUCUGGAAGAACCGUUAUGUGGUUUUGAAAGGGGAUCAGCUCUACGUCUCGGAGAAAGAGGUAAAGGAUGAAAAAACCCUCCAGGAAGCGUUCGACCUGAGCGAUUAUGAGAAAUGCGAAGAGCUCAGGAAGUCCAAAAGCAGAAGCAAAAAGAACCACAGCAAAUUCACCCUCGCCCACUCCAGGCAGCCAGGAAACACGGCACCAAACCUGAUCUUCCUGGCCGUGAGUCCAGAAGAGAAAGAGUCCUGGAUUAACGCCCUCAACUCCGCCAUCACCCGUGCUAAAAACCGCAUCCUAGACGAGGUCACUGUUGAAGAAGACAGCUUCCUCGCCCACCCAACGCGCGACAGGGCGAAGAUCCAGCACUCCCGACGCCCUCCGACGCGGGGACACUUGAUGGCUGUGGCAUCUACCUCAACCUCUGAUGGCAUGCUGACCCUCGACCUGAUCCAGGAGGAGGACGCCUCUCCGGAGGAUCACAGCACCUGCGAGGAGAGCUUCCGCGUGGACCUGGACAAGUCGGUGGCACAUCUCGCCAACGGUCGGCGCCGGUCGGACUCAGAGAACAUCAAGUCAUCGGAGAAGGGGCGGACGGGGAGCCUCCCGCGACGGGAGGUGACCUCGUGGGACAGAUCCGGGCAGCGCAAUGACUCCUUGGAUAAAGGGACCAUGUACACGCCCCAGGUUCCCAAAAAGCUCUCGCACUCCGAAAAGAACAAAUGUGCCUCCAUGGAAGAAAUCCUGUCCCGGAGGGACUCUUCGGCGCACCGGGCGGUGCUGAGGAGGGGGUUGGAGGCUCAGUUCGCUUCGGCGGAGCCCGAGCAGCUCUCCCGGCUCCAAGAAUUGGUUGCACUGAAACUGGAAAAAACUCAGGAACUGCUGACGGAGGUGAAGGGCUACGGGGAAGGCAAGAGGAAGGCCAAGGAUUCCACCACCACCACCACCAGCACCACCACCACCACCACCUCUACUUCCUCCUCCUCAACUUCCAAGUCGGACUCUGAGAGGAUCCUGCAGGAAUCCGAGAGGCUGCUGGGGGAGGCUUCCUCCACCUGGAGCCAAGCGAAGAGGGUGCUGCAGGAGAUCAAGGAGUUGAGGGACCUGUACAAACAGUUGGAACUGCAACAGUCGGACUCCAAACCCAGACAGAGCUCACAGUCCCAGUACAGGAAGAGCAUGAUGUGAAGGCCGACGGCUUCUGUCACGUUUGGAGGGCAGAAGGAAGCAGCAGAUCCCAGCAAACGCCCCCGCACGCCCGGAGGAGCAGCGCGACGGCGGAUGCUCUGGCGCUGGACGAGCCCUCUCCUGCCUUGCGGCUCCUCCGCGAAGCCUCCCGCCUCGUUCCCUCUUGGAAAUAAACCACAAAGAGAGGUGCGACGAACACAAGUCCCCGGGAUCCAGGAACGGCCUUGAAGGUGCUUCGAAGCUGAGGUUGACCUCAAGCUGUAGGCGAGUUGCCGGAGGCGCUCGCUGGGCUGCGGCUCGUGGGGCUCUCCUGUGGCUCGUGAGGCUCCCAUGUGGCUCGUGGGGCUCUCCUGUGGCUCGUGGGGCUCC